ACUCAUCAUCAUCAUCCAAAGUUCCUAUAUCUCUUUCUUAAACACACAAACACACCAAACAUACACACAGCUUUCGGAAAUGGGUAAAGACGUUGAAGUUGGUGGCCAUGACUACAGCGCAAAAGAUUACGAAGACCCUCCACCGGCUGCCUUUAUUGACGCCGAGGAACUCACGAAAUGGUCUUUUUACAGAGCCAUCAUUGCUGAGUUCAUAGCCACCCUUUUGUUCCUUUACAUCACCGUCUUGACUGUCAUCGGCUACAAGUCUCAAACCGAUCCCGCCCACAGCUCCGACCAGUGCGGUGGCGUAGGAAUACUAGGCAUCGCUUGGGCCUUCGGUGGCAUGAUCUUCGUUCUCGUUUACUGCACCGCCGGCAUCUCUGGAGGACACAUUAACCCUGCGGUUACGUUUGGGUUGUUCUUGGCUAGGAAGGUGACACUCCCGAGGGCAGUGAUGUACAUCGUUGCUCAAUGCUUGGGGGCUAUCUGCGGUUGUGGUCUUGUUAAGGCUUUCCAGAAGACUUACUAUAAUACUUAUGGUGGCGGCGCCAACGAGCUCGCCGACGGUUACAGUAAAGGCACUGGCUUGGGUGCUGAGAUCAUCGGGACAUUUGUUCUUGUAUACACCGUCUUCUCCGCCACUGAUCCUAAGAGAAAUGCACGCGAUUCCCAUGUCCCUGUGUUGGCACCUCUUCCUAUUGGAUUUGCUGUGUUCAUGGUUCACUUGGCAACAAUCCCAAUCACCGGCACCGGAAUCAACCCUGCUCGUAGUUUUGGCGCUGCCGUCAUGUAUGGAAAAGAUAAGGCAUGGGAUGAUCAAUGGAUAUUCUGGGUGGGACCGAUGAUCGGAGCCGCCAUCGCCGCCUUCUACCACCAGUACGUAUUGAGAGCAGCGGCUGUAAAAGCUCUUGGAUCCUUCAGGAGCAAUGCCUAGGGAAAGAGAAUGAAGUUUGCAAGAAAUUGUAAAAGUUGGCUUUUUUUUAUUUUUUUUUGGUUGUUGUUGUUUUCGUUUUGGUAUUUAGGGCCCAUAUUUUUGCAAUGUGCCCAAUAAGGUCUCUUGACUAUGGUUUUCUGUACAUUUAGUCCCUUUUGUUUUGAUGUAAUUGUUCAAAGGGUUUAUUUGCAACCCAAAUGCAAACAUACCAAGCAAGGGGUUUUGUCAUCGACUUUCA